AUGACAGUAUAUGAAACAGGUAUCAGUAUAGCUAUUGACCGUGGUGGAACCUUCACCGACGUGAUAUACAAAGUCGGGAAGAAGGAAGGCACGUUCAAGCUUUUAUCGGUUGAUCCUUCAAAUUACAAAGACGCAAACAUUGAAAGUAUCAGAAGAGUUUUGGAACUGACAUCUGGCAAAACUAUACCCAGAAACCAACUCCUCGAUACUUCCUCCAUUUCCUCAAUUCGGCUAGGAACCACAGUGGCAACCAACGCCCUUCUGGAACGCAAAGGGUCAAGAUGUGCUUUGGUGACUACCAAGGGUUUUAAAGAUUUGCUUCAUAUUGGAGAUCAAUCGCGGCCAGACCUGUUCGCGCUAAACAUUGUGAAGCCAGGUGUUCUCUUCGAAAAGGUAGUGGAAGCAGAUGAGCGUGUCACUAUGCCAGCAUUCUUGGUUGACCCAACUGGCUAUGAUGCACGCGAUCUUCUGGAUGGCCAAAAGUAUGUUGAGGGCAAAACAAGAGAAGUGUUUGAGAUCAUCAAGCCUUUGGACACUGAACAAUUGACUCACGAUCUUAUAAAACUGAAAGACGAAGGUAUAAAUUCUGUUGCUAUUGUUUUUAUACACGGCUACAAUUACCAGGAGCACGAAAAGCGUGCCGGAGAGAUCGCUAAAAGCCUUGGAUUUGGAAAUGUUUCGCUUUCUCAUGAGCUGCUGCCAGUCAUCAAAACGCUUCCCAGAGGGCAGUCAACGGUUGUCGAUGCCUAUUUGACUCCUAUAGUCAAGGAAUAUAUUGACAGUUUUUUAGCCGGGUUUGAGCCGGGUUUUGAGAAACAUACGAGAGUCGAGUUCAUGCAAUCUGAUGGUGGACUGUGCUCCUGGAGAAACUUUUCGGGACUCCGUUCACUGCUUUCAGGACCUGCUGGAGGUGUUGUUGGUGAGGCAAAAACGUGUUACGACGACGACAACAAGAUUCCUGUGAUUGGAUUUGAUAUGGGAGGAACAUCAACAGACGUCUCGAGAUAUGCAGGCGAAUUCGAAUUCUCGUUUGAGUCCAUCACCGCUGGGAUCAAUAUCGCUGCUCCCCAGUUAGAUAUCAAUACAGUCGCUGCUGGAGGCGGUUCCAUUCUUGAAUAUGUCAAUGGUGUGUUCAAAGUCGGGCCUGAAUCUGCUUCUGCUCAUCCAGGUCCUGCAUGCUACAAGAAAGGCGGACCAUUGACCGUGACGGACGCUAAUUUAUUCACAGGGAGAAUUUUGCCUGAAUUUUUCCCCCAAAUUUUCGGUCCCGGCGAAAAUGAACCUUUGGACUAUGCCAUCACCAAAAAGAAGUUUGAGCAACUAGCGCACAUCAUCAACGAAGACAAUCCUGGCUUCCCCAAAACUCCUCAUGAAAUUGCCCUUGGAUUUUUGAAAGUCGCCAACUACCAAAUGGCAAAGCCAAUUAGAGAGUUGACUGAAGCCAAAGGGCACGACGCAUCUGCUCAUUCUAUGGCUUCUUUUGGUGGCGCUGGAGGACAGCACGCCGCAUCGAUUGCCAAAAUUUUAAAAAUCAAGAAGGUGCUUAUUCACAAGCACUCGUCCAUCUUAUCCGCGUAUGGUAUAUCUUUAGCAGAUGUCGUCAACGAGCAGCAGAUUCCGUGUGCAAAAGUUUAUUCUGACACCGCAAGAAAUGAAUUAAUCAAAGAGGCAGAAAAGUUGAAGGAGAAAGCUCUCAUGGAGCUGGAGGCUCAAGGUGUUAACCCAGCGACUGUAUUCUCGACCGUCUAUCUUAACAUGGGCUAUAAGGGCUCGGAUACCAAAAUCAUGGUUGCACGGCCAGUAGAUGACGAUUUUCUGUCGGUGUUUUAUGAGACCCACGAAAGAGAGUUUGCUUUUAAUGAUUACGAUAAGGCUGUUCUGAUUACCGAUGUCAGAGUUAGAAGCACUGGGAAUACAUUUGGCGAAACAAAUGAAAGAUCUCCAUAUAAAGACUAUGCCUCAGUUGCAAAAGUUGCUGUUGAGUCCGGAAUUGAAGAAAAAACCACUCCUAUUGUUUUUGACGAAGGCGUUCUUGACUCCAACGUGUAUCUUUUGGAGAAACUGGCCCCUGGAACUGUGGUAGCUGGUCCGGCACUUAUUUUGGAUGAGACGCAAACCAUAGUGGUGACCCCCGAUGCCUCUGCCACCAUUCUUCCAAGACACGUUGUCUUGGACGUCAAUGUGGAGUCAAAAAGUCAGAUCAGUACCGACUAUAUUGAUCCCAUCCAGCUUUCGAUCUUUAGCAAUAGAUUCAUGUCCAUUGCAGAGGACAUGGCUCGUACAUUGCAAAAAAUAGCUGUGAGUGCCAACAUCAAAGAACGACUAGAUUUCUCCUGUGCUUUAUUUGACAAUGAAGGAAACUUAACAGCAAAUGCCCCCAAUGUGCCGGUCCAUCUCGGUUCCAUGUCUAGUGCUAUCAAAUACCAGCUUGAGUAUUGGAAUAGCGACCUUCAUGAAGGCGACAUUUUGUGCACAAACUCUCCAAGCGUCGGUGGAACCCACCUUCCGGAUAUUACAGUGAUUUCUCCAGUGUUUUACGAGAACAAGAUCCAGUUUGUGGUCGCGGCCAGAGCACACCAUUCGGAGAUUGGUGGUUCCGCCCCUGGGUCCUCGUCGUCCUACGCCAGAGAGAUUUACGAGGAAGGUGUCAACAUUGAAACAUGGAAAAUUGUGGAAAGAGGAAAGCUGGACUACGAAGGGCUUAACUAUCAUUUUAACGUGGCACCAAGAAAGCAUGGCGUUUCCGGAACAAGAAACAUCGAUGAUAACAUUUCAGAUUUGAAAGCUCAGAUCGCAUCCAACCAGCGUGGUAUCAAUCUUUUAAAGGAACUGUUCAACGAGUAUGGAAGCGAAACCGUUCUGUUCUAUAUGCGAAAUGUGAAAAAGACUGCUGAAAUGGGAGUGCGGAAAUUUUUAAUGAAGUUCGCUAGCGAAAACGCUGACAGAGUGCCGUUGACUGCCAUUGACUUCCUUGACGAUGGAACACAAGUGCAGGUGAAAAUUGACAUCAGCCCACAAGACGGAUCUGCCGUCUUUGAUUUCACUGGAACAUCCCUUGAAUCCUAUAGCAACUUGAAUGCUCCCAAGUCUGUCACGGCUUCUGCAGUCAUCUAUGUUCUCAGAUGUCUAGUCAAUCUUGAUAUCCCACUGAACCAGGGUUGCUUGGAUCCUUGUACACUGGUUAUUCCAGAAAACUCGCUAAUUAACCCAAGCAGAUUUGCUGCUGUUUGUGCAGGCAACGGCAUGACAUCACAAAGGGUUACAGACUGUUUGUUUAAGGCCUUUGGUGUAACCUCAGCUACGGGAGGGUGCAUGAACGGCCUCAACUUUGGCUCAGGUGGUGAAAACGAGAAGGGUGAGCUUGUCAAGGGCUUUGGAUACACCGAAACCAUCGGACAGGGCAACUGUGCUGGUAUAGUGGACCAAGACGGCAUUAGGGUUGGAUUCCACGGAUUCUCAGGAACGCAGACGAACAUGACAAACACAAAGAUCACAGACCCGGAGAUUCUGGAGCAAAGGUAUCCCUGUCUUCUACUUCAGUACUGUAUUCGCGAGAACAGUGGCGGACGUGGUAAAUGGAAUGGGGGUAACGGUCUGAUUAGAGAAAUCCAAUUCUCCUCACCUGUUCACGUGUCGUUGGUUACACAACGCCGCGUUUUUGCUCCCUGGGGAGUUUACGGGGGAGAAAAUGGAAAGAAAGGAGAGAACUAUCUUGGAAGAAACAGGGGUGGUGGGACCAUUCAAUGGAUUCAGUUGCCGUCCCUUGCUGAAAUUGCGAUUCGAAAGGGGGACAUCGUGAAGGUGCUGACUCCGGGAGGAGGUGGAUUUGGCAAAGUGGACGACACUGACGAGUUCUGGGGCGUUGGCGUUGAGACGAGCAGAUACAAGCACGUGCCAGUGUCCUCUGGAACUGUGGGAAACUUGCAGAGUGCGCUGAAUUCGUCGCAGUAA